GUUUAUGUUUUAUAUGGAUUCACUGAAUAUUAGAGGUAUUAAGCAAUGAUAACUUUUAUAUUAGCUAAUGCCUGUGUGGUGUAUAUAAGUUAAGCAAUUGAAAUGUUUGGUUCUAUACACCAGCACAACAUAUUCAUAAAUAAGUAUAAAUACAGCUGCACACGCAGUUUAAUCUGCUCUCGAGUGUUUACGGACCGUUUCAAUAUGGCGGAAGACUGUAGCCCAUAGAAACAGCCGCUAGGCAGACAUCUACGUAUAUUUACAUCUACGGUUUAGCCAUAUGCAGAAAUACGUUCCGCCCUUGUGCUGUCUCAUGAUCAAGUCAGGUUAAGUUGUCGGGUAAUAAAACCGCAACUGUAACAGUCAGAUAAGGCUGCAGCAGCAACGUGUUCAAGGUAAAACUCAUCAGUCUAAAUUAACAUUUAAAAAAAUCUGAUCUGUGUUGUACGUACAUUGGACUUUGAUCAAGUUCCCUGGCAACUAUUUGUUUUUAAUGGUUUUAAAAACCUGUUGGGUAUCACAGAAUUUCAUUGUCCAGUUUAAGACCUCACGAUGACAGACACUCAGCCAUCUGUACUUCUCAACACCGGGACCCGGAUGCCUUUGUUGGGACUGGGCACAUUUCGUUUGCAAGGGCAAGAGGACACCUACAACGCUUUAGAUGCUGCUUUGGCAGCCGGUUACCGUGCUUUUGACACAGCUGCAGUGUACCGUAACGAAACACAUGUAGGUCAUGCCCUCCGUUGCCUGCUGCCCAAGCACGGCCUAUCACGAGAGGAUGUUUUCAUUACCAGUAAACUAGGUCCUAAAGAUCAGGGUUCUAAAGCCAGGGAUGGUUGCCUAAGAAGCCUGGAGCACUUGGGACUAGGCUACAUUGAUCUAUUUCUUAUUCAUUGGCCAGGUACACAGGGGCUGCCAGUGGGGGAUGAACAUAACCCUGCAAACCGUGCUCAAAGCUGGGCUGUUCUGGAGGAGUUUUACUCAGAAGGAAAAUUUCGGGCCAUUGGGGUCUCUAAUUACACCGUUGAACACAUGCAGGAGCUUCUGAGGAACUGUAAAGUUUCUCCAGCUGUUCUUCAGGUGGAGUUUCACCCAAAGUUAGUACAAAAUGAGCUGAGAGCUCUGUGUAAAGAAACAGGGGUGUGUUUCCAAGCCUACUCCUCUCUUGGAACAGGGCUUCUUUUGUCAGACCCUGUGGUUCAGGAUGUGGCAAAAAGGUGUGGAAGGACACCAGCGCAGGUGUUGCUGAGGUGGGCCGUACAACAGAAGAUUCCAGUGCUUCCGAAAUCGUGUCAGCCAGAACGUGUGAAGGAGAAUGGGUGUCUUUUUGACUUCGAGCUUAGUGAAAAGGACAUGGAAAGUCUUUCCGCUCUUGACUGUGGAGUGAAGUUCUGCUGGGAUCCAAAACAAGUGUCCUGACAAAGACAAUUAUGUGAUAACCACUUAAUAUACAAGAACCUCCACAAUUCUGCAUCUGUUAUUGUUAGUCACUUUACAUUAACUACAUGUCACUUGUUUAAAAUUAAAAGAUAACUACAGAGGAUAUGUGUUGACACAGGUAUUAAGUCAUUCUUAUCUUAUAAACAAUUUGUAAGAUUAC